AUGAACAAUAUCGGUCACCGCGGCGGAGCUGUCCCCUUGGGACGAUCUUCGAAAGUCGUCAUUUGUCCAACAGCAGAUUAUGAGGCUCCGACUUAUAUCUGCUAUGACUAUAUUUGUCCGCACUGUCCCAGCGGAAACCAAGGAAAUCAACUUAUCUACCUACCACAGCCAUCAUCAGAUGAACUUCAAAACGCUCCUGCUCCACUGGUUUACACCCGCCUUUACCACGACUUCCGCUACCAGGUCUAUGCUAUAGACUCGAGUCCUACAAUCCAGCGCACCUGGUAUCAUGGGGAGUGGAACAAGCCCAUACGUGGUGUUCUCCAAGAUGAUAGAAAUCAAGCAUUCACGGGCUCCGUCACUGGCCACACCGUCAUACAUCCUUCUCCUCUCGGCUACACAAUUCAUCCGGAAGCAAAUUGUCCUGUUGGUGACAGUGCCGAGGCAGCUUUCCCCAUUGUAUCCUCCCAAACCGAGAAAGGCAUCACCACUCCCAAUCUCCGGGUUUCUUCAUCGAGAUCGAUGUCAUCCGAAUCCUCUUGCCUCCUCUUAACCCCUCGAAGCAAUUACAACACGGCGAGUACAUAUAGGUUGCCUGUCGAUUUUCAGAACCAAGUAGAGGAGGUUAAUGAGGGCGAAGUCGAGGACCUUCGUCGCGAAGGAGCUGUCUUUGUAUCGGAAUUGAACGACAAUGACAGAACUCCAACUAGAGAUAACUUUGGAGGAAGCCGAGGGAAUGAAGGAGAAGGCCGAGAAGGUGCAGCGGCAAUAGUCCCUCAAAGAGUUACCGCUGGCUCCGAUCGUGUUAAUGGCGCCGGCAAUAUAAAUCCGCCUCAUGGUCCUAGACGUGGAGGAAAUGGUGGAGGUCAAAAUCGUGGUCGUGGAGGACGUCCUGCCAGAGUCUGGAAUUGGCACAAUUGA